GACGUGUGCCUUCCGAUCUAGUCGACAAAGAUGGCUAUCGGCUCCAAGAUUAUUAAACCCGGCGGCUCGGACCCCGAUGAGUUCGAGAAGUCGAUUGCCCAGGCGCUGGUUGAGCUUGAGGCCAACAGCGACCUGAAGCCCUACCUCCGUGAUCUGCACAUUACCCGUGCACGCGAGAUUGAGUUCGGCAGCAAGAAGGCCGUCAUCAUCUACGUGCCCAUUCCACAGCAGAAGGUGUUCCAGAAGAUCCAGAUCAUUCUGGUCCGUGAAUUGGAGAAGAAGUUCUCCGGCAAGCACGUUGUCGUCAUUGGCGAGCGCAAGAUUCUGCCAAAGCCAACCCGUAAAGCGCGCAACCCGCUGAAACAGAAGCGUCCACGCUCCCGUACCCUGACCGCUGUGUACGAUGCCAUCCUUGAGGAUCUGGUCUUCCCCGCUGAGAUCGUGGGCAAGCGUGUCCGCGUCAAGCUCGACGGCUCUCAGCUGGUCAAGGUGCACUUGGACAAGAACCAACAGACCACCAUUGAACACAAAGUUGACACCUUCACAUCGGUCUACAAGAAGCUUACCGGCCGCGAUGUUACCUUCGAAUUCCCAGACAACUACCUGAAUGUCUAGAGAGUUUUCCGCAGUCGGCGACUUCGUGCUAAUUCAGUUCAUUAACGGGAAGUAACAACAAAUUCUGGCGCUUUCUUUUACAUGAGCUGAAGAGCGUAACGUCAACUAAAUAAAACAUUAAACAUUUUUAAAAAUUAAA